CUAAUCAACCUCUGUACCUUCUCCGAGAUGUCCUUUAAGUUCCCAUCCCUGGUGACAGCCUGGGAAGCACAAAGCUCUCAUUAAGGAUUGUCUCAAACCGCACUUUCUGGAGGAGGGCGGCCAAGCAGCGGCCCCACAUCCUGCACCGAGACCUUUCCUCAGGUCCUCCGGGGGUUCACGCAGGCUGAGGAUUAAACCUUGAUCCCUUUUGCGUGGGGGAGAACAUUGCUCUUCCCAGGUUUCAUUGACGUCAUCGAGCCACAUUUUCGACUUUGCUUGGGGUUGCAAAAGAGGUAGACCACGCUGUUUACCAAAAGGAAGACACUACAGCCGUGACUGCACCUCACGGACUACCCUCAUGUGCCACACGGAGAUAUCCAGAGCACAGGCCUAGGCGUGUCUCCAACAGACUGAAGUUUUCCUUAGCUGCCUCGGAGGCCUCCCCUUCCUGCUACCUGCUCCUGUGUCUCUGGGAUCUCCUCAGCUCCAGGCAGGGUCUCAUCUCUGCCACCCUCCCAAUAACACAGAAGGCCCAGCAAAGGGUGGAAGAUUAUGAACAUGAGGAAGAGGACCCUCAAGUGGCUCACCUUCCUCCUGCUUCUCAUCUUCCUCACAUCCUUUGUCCUGAACUACUCAAGCACGGGACUGCACGCCGCCUGGUUCUCCAAGCAGAUGGUCCUGGGGUUCUCAGACAACUUACGCAAGCUCAUCAAGGCCCAGCCGUGCACCUGCACACACUGCAUCAGCCAGGGCAAGGUCUCCUACUGGUUCGACCAGCGCUUCAACAAGACCAUGCAGCCGCUGCUGACAGCCCACAAUGCUCUGAUGGACGAGGACACGUACCAGUGGUGGCUGAGGCUCCAGCGGGAGAGGAAACCUAACAACCUGAGUGACACUAUCAAGGAACUGUUUCGUGUGGUGCCUGGGAAUGUGGAUCCUGCGCUGGACAAGAGGUUGGUGGGUUGCCGACGCUGUGCAGUCGUGGGGAACUCCGGGAACCUGAAGGACUCCUCGUAUGGGCCCGACAUUGACAGCCAUGACUUUGUGGUGAGGAUGAACAGGGCACCCACCGUGGGCUUUGAGGGGGAUGUUGGGAGCAGGACCACCCACCAUCUUGUAUAUCCUGAGAGCUUCCGGGAGCUGGGAGAGAAUGUCAGCAUGGUCCUGGUUCCCUUCAAGACCACCGACCUGCAGUGGGUGGUCAGUGCCACCACCACAGGCACCAUAACUCACACCUACGUCCCGGUGCCCCCGAAGAUCAAAGUGAAACAGGAGAAGAUCCUGAUCUACCACCCAGCCUUCAUCAAGUAUGUCUUUGACAGCUGGCUUCAGGGGCAUGGGCGGUACCCAUCAACCGGCAUCCUCUCCGUCAUCUUCUCCAUUCAUGUCUGUGAUGAGGUGGACUUGUAUGGCUUUGGGGCAGACAGCAAAGGGAAUUGGCACCAUUACUGGGAAAACAACCCAUCUGCGGGUGCAUUCCGAAAGACGGGGGUGCAUGAUGCUGACUUCGAGUACAAUGUCACAACCACCCUGGCAGCCAUCCACAAAAUUCGCAUCUUCAAGGGGAGAUGACGCUGCGACCCACUAAGGAUGGACACACCACGUCUCACCUCUCAACUUGCAGCCCCAGCAUUGCACUGGAGCCGUUCUGUUCUGGAAGCUUCCAGGGCUGAACUUGGGGUGUUCCCAGGCUUGCUGGCAGCCUCUUGCACCCUCAUUUUGGUAGCAUCUAUUUAGCAAUGUUGUCCAACUCUCCCAGGGUACAGAGCAAGUCUCAGGCCUGUCUAAAGUGGGAGCGCUUCCUCAACUGCUGUCUCCUAGCUGGAGGAAGGUGGGAAGAUACUGGGAACAGUCUAACAUCCACAUAAUGACAGUAUUUUGACUUCUGGGGUGGGGGGUGGGGAAAAUUAAAUCCUGAAGAUUCCUAUGUUCAAAAAAGUGGGCAUUUCCUGGAAGUCAUUUAGAGGCUGACACUGAACUGUGGGCCUCAAGCUCAACUCAGACUCUGGCUGGGAUGUUU